AUGACACCGUUCAUUCUUUGUGAUCUGACCUCCAAGGACAUCAAAAGUUUCAUUCACGCGAGAUUUGCCGAGGAUCCAGGAUUUCAGCGCCUCGUGAAACGAGAGCAUAAAUAUGCCGGCCAAUUAGAGGACAAUAUCACAGCGAAAGCCGACAGAGUCUUUCUGUGGGUCAGCUUGGUGGUCAAAUCUCUUUCGACUGGAAUGGGGAACGACGACAGAGUUUUGGAUAUGCAAAGAAGACUCGAUCAACUCCCACCAGAGCUGGAAGAUCUCUACACUACGAUGCUCAAUUCUCUGCAGGGAUUCUACUUCAAUCGCGCAGCGGAGUACUUCCGGCUCAUGGAAGCCUGGGAGACAUCGCCGCCCGCGGUGUUGAUCUAUUUGAUUGACGAAAUGGAAACACCACGAGACGUCAAAGACGGACAGGAUCAGGGUUACGUAACAUCAUCCUCGAUCGCCAGGUCAAGUGUGGAAAGGCUCGGAUCGAUCCAAUAUACUCACAAGACCGUCCGAGAUUAUAUUCGGAGACCAGAAGUUCAAAAGAAAAUCCGGGAUGCUACGAAAGAUCUCGAUUGCCAGAUCAAGAUUUGUUCUGCAUAUUUAGCAGCCUUCAAGAUCGUUCUCGUUGAAGACGGGCAUGACACCAGCCAUAACGCAACACAACUCGACGAGGAAUCAGAGAGGCUGGAGGCCCUCCGGGCCUUCGCUUCAUCUUGCCUGAAAGCAGCAUCAGACGUAAAGCCAGAGAACAAGCGGACUAUGAUUGAGCUACUCGACGCUCUAUGCGAUGCAUCUAUUCAGCUGAUGGGCAACGGUGAAUCUGAACGCGCAGAGUUAUACCUGGUGGAGUAUGUCAAGGAGAAGACAACUUAUGGAUGCCUCGAACCCUGCGUUCCGGAAGAUUCCACCAAGAAAUUCAGGACGACGAUGAAAUCUCAACUCAAGAUCGCAUUCCACAGGAGGAGCGAAUCCGCUAAUCCACCAGUCAAAUACCCUCAUUUGUACUGGCCACUCCUCAUGGAUGCGCUAUUCGCAGCUCCGAUCGAUGCAAUCAAGGUGGAAUUGGUCAGUUUUUGUCUAGAAAGUGGUGCCGAUCCCAACUUUCAGGUGACGAGCAACGGCUUCACCGUCUGGUCAGCUUGGUUUAUUUACUUAGCCGUGCUAAGCCCAGGACGUAACACUGUCGGUCACGAGGAAUAUAUUGCACGUUUGAGGCCGUAUUGGCCUGUGACGGAAAAGCUCAUCCGUCACGGAGCGGAUACGUCACUGCGUUCUUUGAGAAGGAGCACUGGAAAUUUCCCUGUUAAUGAAGGAAGAUAUUUACACGGAGUUCUGUCCGUACCAGAGCGGUUCGACGACGCAGCUACGCAGGAUGAGGCGCGGCUGACAGGGACGGAAAUUAUACUUCAGGAUUGCGGAUUUGAAAUCUUGCAAUGA